AUGACCAACUUCACAUAUCGUGAUGGCAUUGCUGUCCUGCAACUUAUUGCUUUCAUUCCCUGUCUAUUCUUUGCCACCGUCCUCUGCUUCAAGCAGGGCAUCAGAGCCGUCUCUGCCUGUUGGCGCUUCCUUCUGGUCCUUGGACUUUUGCGUGUUAUCGCGGCCAUCUGCCAGCUUCUUCUCAUGACCCACAACGAUCGCGGUAUUGUCGUCACGAAGCUGACCUGCGAUCUCCUUGGCAUUGCGCCUUUGACCCUUGCCGCUGUCGGUCUUCUCCGCCGCGUCAACGCGACAGUCUUGUCUGUCCCCAAGCACGUUUUCCUCUUUGUCGACGUUGUCAGUCUGGCUGGUCUUGGUGUCGGUAUUGGCGGUGCUGUCCAGGCAGUCGACAACAAUACCAUUCCGUCUCUUCUCAAGAUUGCCCUGGCUCUUUUUGUUGCCUGUCUGGGGCUCAUGUUCUGCAUCCUUGGCUGGCUCACUGCUUCUGUCAACAUUUUGCCGCGCAAUGAGAAAAUCACUCUCUAUUCGAUUUACGUCUGCGGACCCUUGCUCAUUGUUCGCAUGGUUUACGCCUGCAUUGGCGACUUUGGCAACGAUCCUCGCUUCAGCAUCUUCAACGGCGAUCCCACCAUCUUUCUUUGCAUGUCCGUCCUCGAGGAGAUUUUUCUCAUGAUCAUCUGCCUCUACGUCGGCUACAUGUACCCACCUACAGUUUUUAAGAGCACCGCUCCCAAGUCUCGCUACAUGAGCGAGGCUUGA